AUGGAUUCGAAACGAAUUUCCUCCUUUAAAGCGGCAUCUGGAUUUAAUCCUAAUCUAACUAAGCCAUUUCGACAACCCUUGCACAAAACUACUAAAAUGAAUUUGCCAUUACAUAUCAAUGCCAUAAAGCGAAAUCCUACAAUUGGUGGACGUCAGAAUAUUUAUAAAGCUUCUCGUAAAGAUGAGAAAGAAAAUUAUUCUGAGGAUACUUCUA